UGCGUUUAUGAAACAUUGUCCAAUUUACACACCGGGCACAUGAUGGAAUGCUUGGCGCUGAGUUCUGUAGCAGGUGAGGGAAUGAGCUGGGGUAAGAGUAUAUGUCACAGGAGGAAACUGACUUGGCAGUCAAAAGAGGAUGGGCCCGUCUGGCAGGGCAAGUGAUAUGGUUUGCCGGGGCACGGUGACGCUGUCCGGCCUUCCUGAUUGGCCUCCCCCCCUCUCCCUCCCAUGGCGUCCCAUUGUGAAUCGGACUCUAAACGGACAGCCGGGGCGCUGGUGCUUAAAGGAGAUACGCUUCCUGAAACGAAGGAAACUCUUUCAUGCGCUCAUCAAGAAAACCAAGGCUUUUUGGGUAAACAUGGAUUACUGCUGCCCUUUGAUACUCAAGAAUUUCCGUUUCGUGGUGCCGCCCUCUCGCCGGUGGACCGUCACCAUUCUUGCCCCUUUGCUUCUACGGGCAGCAGGGUAGUCGGCGAGCAGAGCGUUGCGUACUUGAAUGGAAUGCCAACCCGUUACUUGAAGUAAUUGUUGUGGUUUAUCAGGACUGCCACUGAGGGGAGCAAAUUGUGUAGCCUGAAGUAGGUCUCUGGAGGCUGUGGUGCCGGUGGUUUGGCUUCUCCAACGAGCCUUUUCGACUGACAGUCUGUCAGAGCCGGUCGCGGCUGCAGGGCGCCUGGUUCUUGCCGGUAAUACGUCGCCGUGGGUAGGGGGGAGAGAGCAGAGUUCGUAUUGCGCUCUCUGUAAUGACAGCUGUUUGUUUCCAGCUCCUCCUCCUCCUCAAGUUGUCGUCUCAUGAAAAUUCAGGUGCCGUCAGGAUGUCCGCGCUUUAAAUCUGGGGUCCAGAAAGAAGCCCGCAAUUCGAAAGAACUGGCUUACGAAAGCACCUUGUGGAGCUAGCAAGGCCCCAGCAAGCGAAGUUGGAUUGUGAGGGGAAACGCCAAGGGGAGCGCAACAUUGAUUCCGAUUGUCCCGCGCUGGCCACCGUGACCCGCAAAUUGGGCCUGCUUUGAGGGCACGCGGCCUCGAGGUUUGGGACAGAGAGCGACGGCGCCAUGGGGGAAUGGGGCUUCCUCAGCGGGCUCUUCGACGCCCUGCAGGCCCACUCGCCCCUGCUGGGCCGCUUCUGGCUGCUGCUCAUGCUGGUCUUCCGCAUGCUGAUCCUGGGCACGGUGGCCACGGACCUGUUCGAGGACGAGCAGGAGGAGUUCGCCUGCAACACCCUGCAGCCGGGCUGCAAGCAGGUCUGCUACGACCAGGCCUUCCCCAUCUCCCAGUACCGCUUCUGGGUCUUCCACAUCGUGCUCAUCUCCACCCCUUCGCUGGUCUUCCUCAUGUACGCCGUGCACCACAACAACAAGAAGGUGGCGGGACGCUGCCUCGACUCCGCCUCCUGCGCCCGGGAGGACCGCCGCCUGCGCCGCCUCUACAUGGUCAACGUGGGCUUCCGGCUGCUGGCGGAGGUGGCCUUCGUGGUGGGCCAGUGGUGGCUCUACGGCUUCCGGGUGGAGGCCCAGUUCCCCUGCAGCCGCUUCCCCUGCCCCUACACGGUGGACUGCUUCACCUCCCGGCCCAUGGAGAAGACGGUCUUCCUCUGCUUCUACUUCGCCGUGGGCGUGCUGUCGACCCUGGCCAGCCUAGCCGAGCUGCUGCACAUCACCUACAAGCGGUUCUCCUCCUCCUCCUCCUCCUCCUCCAGGGAGGCGCGCUGCGGCAGCCAGAACCAGCGCAACCUGGCCCAGGAGGAGGCCUUGGCCCUGCGGGGGCCCGGGGCCCCCCCGCCCAGGCGAGGCCGGGGGGGCAGCGGCAGGCACAAACGCGGCUCCCUGCUCAGCACCGGCAGCAGCAGCAAGGUUUCCAGCAUCGGCCGCAAGUCCUCCAAAUCCAAGAGCCUCCAGACCUCCAUAGCUGUAUGAGGAAGGGUGGGCUGUGCAGGGAUUUAGAUACUUUAGCUGCCAAUUUGUAUGCACUAUAAAGUAGAAUUCAGGGUUAAUGAUGCAUAUUUUAUAUUAUUAAAAAAAUGGACGUAAUUAACGGAACUGAUAUCUCAGUUCUGUUAAUGCAUAAGGGAAUUCACUGGAAAUGUGAAUGGCUGUAAUAGCAUGGCCAAGACAUGUUUUACUUUUAAACAUCUGAGCACACAGACUAAGGGAAAUCAAAGUGCAGAGUUCAUUCCCUUAGCAUUUCAUAGGAACAGGAAAGGCUUGUUUAGCCUGAUGUUACAGCCCGAAUGCACCAGCCAAACAUUAAUCACGUGAACAAUUAAAUCUUCAGAAAAACUUUCCAUUCAUCCACCAUUCCAUUACAACAGAAAAUGUCUACAUGGUAUGCGCAGUAUUUAUGUGGAUGCCAUGUCAAAUGUAAUGUCUGAACUAAAUCAUUAUUUUACUGUUGAUCUACAAUGUGCUGUGGAAUGGUUCAGUUAAAUUCGGUUCAUUUAAAUUUCAUUGUUUUUUAAAAUUAGCUUAAUAAGAGUUCAAAGUUGUCCUGGUCAUUUCAUUCGAAAAACUACCAAGAUGCGGUGGCUAAAUGUUGUACUUUUUUUUUUUUUAAUAAGAUAUUUACAAAAAAAUGCUUUGGAUACCUUUUGAGUUCAAUUAAAUGCGGUCCAGGAAUUUAGAAAUGAAAGCUGUUUGAAUGAAAAGGUGAAACUGCUUUGGAGAUUCUGAACAAUGAAUGUUCAGACAUAUCCAGAGGCACAGCCUCUUGUUCUAUUACCAGGAAAAACAGAAAGCAGCUUAUUCCUUCUAAAUUCACAUUCAGACAGUUUGUAACUGACCUCAGAACUGACCUUGGAGAACAUUAUAACAGAAGGUGGUUGUGCUUGAGGCAUUUUACACCUCAUUACUGUAAGACUCCCAAGUUUCCUCAUCGAUUCAGGUGUCCAUUUCCUGCCAUUUCCAGAGUUUUCUAUGGAGGGCAAUAAUGUAACGAUCAGGUAUAUAAUAACAUGCUGGUAUAAUAUGUACUAUUAGAUACGGGCAUUAAACAGAGGGGCUGAAAGAUGUUUAUUGUGUUCCUUUGAACCACCUUUCAUAUACUUCAACAAAUAUCUUAUUUUGGUGUAUCCUGCCCACCCCCCAGUGUUCUGUGUUUAGAGUGGAGUGUGAUACAGAGACUUUGUGUUGACUCUGUAGUGCCUCUUGAAUGAAUGAAUGGCAGAUGGUUUCUUAUUGGGAGCUGGUUUUCCUGCUUUGUGUCAGUCAUGCUGCUUUACAGUUGGCUGAUUAAACCUACAUGAAUGUUACCUUCGAGCCUGUGUUUCCUCAUUCCCCAACCGUGCUGUGAAAUGUCAUUCUUUUCAUGAUCGCUGUGCAUUCUAUGAGUGGGGGGUGUGUGGCCUCAUUGGAAGCAUAGAUCUACUGUACCAUGUCACUGCCUUGUAGAAACUAUGCAAACUGGUCUGUUCUCUAGAUCACUGAACCAGUAAAACUACACGGUGGCUUUCA